ACUUGAAGUAUGGUCUGUGAUGUCACCACAUUGCAACGCACAUCCUCUCACGAGCGACAUCAGCGUGCAGAAGUAACAGUGACUUCGUCUGUCCUGACAUUCUGAAUUUGGGCGAUUUGACGUCGUACUGAAAUUCACUGUUUUCGCAGAGUUGGAAACGCUACUCAUGGGGGUUAUAACUAUCUUACUUUCGAUUGUAGUUGCGCAUACAUGCACUGGGGUGUUGUUUAACGACAGUUCUGAACACAGUAUAGCUGUUCCAGUAACUGAUGAACCAACUCACAACAUUUAUCCUCCAGAUCAAGACGUGCCCAGACCAGCUGGACGCAGUUUCACUAUUAAUCGGGUCUAUAUGACCCAGACUGAUGAACCAAUAGAAUACAUUGACUCAGAUCAGGAUUUGCUCCACUCUGCCAUAAUUCCCAAUAAGACCCAAACAGGGCUAUAUAAGAGUUUUAUUAUUAAUAUACCAAAAGUGUCUGACUCUGAUAACCAUCAUGUUACACAUCUGUGUAACAUCACUCAAAUGGGUGCAGCAAAAUGCAACCAGACUACACCAUCCUGGGUGACGUACACCAUUUCAGAUGAGGCUAUGGUUUUCCUCAAAAGCCUGCUGGUCAGACGUGUCAUGCCCUCUUUUUACAUCCUCAUCUUCCUUAUUAGUGUACCCCUAAACACAUUUGCCUUGGUGACAUUCACCUGUAAGAUUCGAGUAAAGAAACCAGCUGUGAUCUACAUGUCUCACCUGGCGUGUGUGGACUUGCUCUUCACUCUGCUGCUGCCUCUGAAGAUCCACUACCACCUGAACGCUUCAGAUUGGGUGUUUGGCGAGGUGGCGUGUCGUGUACUAAGUGCUGCUUACUACUGCUACAUGUACUGCUCUAUACUGCUGAUGAUGUGCAUGAGUGUGGACAGGCUUGUGGUCGUGGUGAUCCCUGUUGCCUCACUAUCAUGGCGGAGAGCAAGGAAUGCCAAAUGCAUAUGUGUGCUUGUCUGGCUGCUGGCGCUCGCCGGCACAGUGCCACUUCUCUCCAUAAAGCAAACGUUUAAGAUAAAAAAUGUGGGAGUCACCUGCCAUGACGCACUUCUCCAUGAUGACCCUACAGAGCAGCAGUAUGUGUACCUGUUCUCCAUCCUCUCCUGCCUCUUCUUCUUCUUGCCACUGGUUGCCACCUUGGCGAGUUACUCUACCAUCAUAUAUGUGCUCAAUGCCAAGUCUGAACACUUAACAACAUCAUCAUCCACAGACAAACGCAGGAGAGCUGUGAUUAUGGCUAUCGCCGUGCUGACAGAGUUUGUGGCAUGCUUUGCACCAACCAAUGGCAUCCUGUUGUACCACUGUGUUCGUCUGGCCACCGGAGGCUACAGUGGGGAAGGGGAUUCAUCAUAUGCAGCUUACAUGUUGGCUGUGUGUGCGGGGAGCUCAAGUGUUUUCCUGGACCCUCUGCUGUACUACUACGGCUCGUCUCAGUGCAGACAGCAGAUCAGCUCUGUGUUUUGGAGAAGAACGACAAAAAGAGCAGGCACACUAUCAAACACACAAACUCAGUCAAAUUCAACUUACCUGAACUGUGAGUACAGUCAGGCUCGCAUUAAGAUGUGAAUUGUUUAGAAAAAGAGCUAGUCAUAUAAUUUCAUAAAUGAUCAGCAAGCACAAAUGUGUGUGGUCUUCAGUUGAUUUUGGAAGUGUAAGUGUGUGUGUGUGUGUGUGAGAGAGAGUAUAUGUACGUGUGAAAAGAGAUACAGUAGAUAGUGACUUUUGUAAUUCUGAAGGCAAAAAGUUAGACUAUGCUGUUAUAAAUGUAAUGCAUUAUAUGCAUGUAAAUGCAUUAUAGUUUGUGUGUAGUUUUGCUUUAAGCUUUAUUAAUUCACUCCACUGUAUUUAACUGGCAGUCUUAACCAACAGAUGGUAAGAUGUGUAUGUAUUCAAUGUUUUUCUAUGUAGGACACACAUAUACCAUGAUGAUUAUAUAAGAUACAUAUAUUUAUAUACAAAAUGUGUCAUUGAAUUUAUCUCUUAAAAACAGAUGUCAUGUAAAGGGCAUCUAGUCAUGGAUUUCUGUUGCAAUAUUUUGAUAUACUCUGAUAAGUUUAGCUUCCUCAUUCCAUAUAAACAACUACAAGUUAUUUGUAUGUGCUACUAAGCUACUGUAUUUCAAAUAUUGGAAGUUGUGCAGUGUAUUAUGUGUGAUGCAUACUAUAUUGAAAUGGUCAUAUUUUA